GGUGCCCAUGUCGCAGCGGAACUUCCCGGCCUCGUUCUGGAACAGCAACUACCACUCUCGGACGACACUGACCUCGCACGAGCUGUACGCCGACCCGUACCACGCGGCCUCGCUGGCCGGGCUCCACCAGUCGCCCGACUGGUACUACCCGAUCACCACGCAGGCGUACGGCCACAACUUCUCGUACGGCGCCGGCGGCUCGGCGCGCUACAACCAGUACCCCAGCCUCUUCCUGCAGUCUACGGCUGGUCGCUUUGGAAUGCAGCAGGGGCACAGUUUAGACCCCAGUAGCUACAGUUCCUACAUGUACUCAUCAGGCCUGGAAGGAACCUCCAUGCCGGAGACAGCCACCAAAGACUUGCACUGGUUCCAAUAGGCGGUGCGAUGAGCGGUCGAUGAGCUGAAAAACCGGAGCUGCAGGCUGGCCCGGUCAGACUGCGGUGCUCGUGGAGACGCCGCUGGUGCGGGCUGCCCAGCCCGCGGCGAGUGAUGUGAUCAGAGGCGUCCUCUCUCCUUGGUGAUUCUCAUGCUGGCUGGACAGCGAUACCUUGACCGCCUUCGAUGCGUGUGUCGAGAAGCUACAAGCGUCUCCAGAAGGUCUUGCGAUAUGCGGCGCUUCAGUGCGACGUGAGGUGCCCGUGCAAAUUGUAUAUAACGAAAAUACUAUCUUUCGUAGCCGAUAUCUCCAUUUGUAUCAUUCAUAAUGAGUAACUUGUUGUCUGUUUGGGAAUGACUUCGUGAAGGUACAAGUUCGAGAGCAUAGCUGUCGUCGAUGGACGGGCUCUUGGCGUCCAGACUUGUCCGUCUGUCGCCCGGUCUGAUGCCCAUGAUUUUGCCUCAGCAUGUCAACAUGUUCGCUAUCGCACAACAUGUCUCAUGAGCAUAUUCUGAUUGUGUUGUUUGAAUGGGUUGCUUCCAUUGCGGAAUUCUUAUAAUAUAUAAUAGACGUUUA